UUAUCUCUGGCACCAUGGCGACCGCAGCAGGAGCCGGGUGUCUGCUGACAUUACGCGGAUGGCGCCGUGGCCUUGGAGUUGCUCCCCGGUGCCGGGCGCUCGCUGCCCUCGUACCCGGCGUCUCCCAGGUGGAUAACAAGUCCGAUUUCCUGGGGAAGAAGUCCCAUCGCCGGCACCCUGGCAUCCUGCAGUUGUCGCGCGUGCGGCUGCCGCAAGCAUUGGUCGAUGCCGCGACAUUACUACUGCUGGAGAGCUCUAUGCCCAAUAUGGAGAAGCAGGUGCAAGCACUGACCAAUUAUCUCUGGAGCCGGCAUUUACCCGUAGAGACAGAGGAGUUGCAAAGACGGGCUGUACAUUUGGAGAAAAAAUUCUUGGAAAACGCAGACUCAUGUCAGAUGGAGGAAAAACUUCAUGGAGAUGUGCUGCGUGCUCUGCGCAGAACUACCUAUCAUUGGCAAGAACUGAGCUACAAUGAGGGACUGAGCCUGUUGUAUAUGGCAGCAAGACUGGAUGGUGGCUUUGCAGCAGUCUCCAGGGCAUUCCAUGAGAUCCAAGCUCGAUUUCCAGAGUUCCAGCCACAAACCUUAAUGGACUUUGGCUCAGGUACUGGUUCUGUCACCUGGGCUGCUCAUAGUACUUGGGGCCAGAGCCUACGUGAAUACAUGUGUGUGGACAGCUCAGCUGCCAUGUUGGAUCUGGCAGAAAAGCUACUGAAAGGUGGUUCAGAAUCUGGGCUGCCUUAUGUUCCAGGGGUCUUUUUCAGACAGUUUCUACCUGUAUCACCCAAGGUACAAUUCGAUGUAGUGGUAUCAGCCUUUUCUCUAAGCGAACUACCCAGCAAGGCUGACCGCAAUGAUAUAGUCCAAACUUUGUGGCGCAAAACAAGUCAUUUUCUGAUAUUGGUGGAGAAUGGAACAAAAGCUGGACACUCCCUUCUCAUGGAUGCCAGGGACCUGGUCCUUAAUGAAAAAGAAAAGUCACCUUUGGACCCUCGACCUGGUUUUGUCUUUGCCCCAUGUCCCCAUGAACUUCAGUGUCCCCAGUUGUCAGCCCCUAAGCCCCUGGCCUGUAGCUUUUCCCAGGCUUACCAUCCUAUCCCCUUCAGCUGGAACAAGAAGCCAAAAGAGGAAAAGUUCUCUAUGGUAAUCCUUGCCCGAGGGUAUCCAGAGGAGGCAAGUCGCUGGCCCCGUAUUACUCAGCCUGUCCUUAAACGGCCACGCCACGUGCAUUGUCACCUGUGCUGUCCAGAUGGGCAUAUGCAGCAUGCUGUGAUCACAGCCCGCCGACAUGGCAGGGAUUUGUAUCGCUGUGCCCGUGUCAGCUCCUGGGGAGAUCUUUUACCUGUGACCACGCCGUCUGAGCUUCCUCCAUCCUCUGCUCAAGAUCCCCCUGAGAGUUGAGAAAGAUGUGUAACAAGUGUGUUCUGUCAUGCCUGCCAAGGCUGAAACCACCUGGUAUCCAGGAUGGGAAUACUGGUACCCCUCUAUAUCUGUGUUUGCAUGAUGUUUUAAUAAUAGAAAGUUUUCAAA